UGCUUAACUUUGAUCGAGAUGCCCCAAAGCACAGGGUACAGAUUCGCACGGAGUAGAUGAAUGCCACAUACUAUUCACUGUGUCGAGAAUUAAAAGGCUUGCGCUAUUAAUAGUUGAGGCUGUAUGAAGCACCUAGCUUGUUGGAUCGAAUUGCUGGAAAUUGCUUAGAGCUUAGGCGAUUUAUGGCUGGCUGGCGCUGAGGGCGUGGACUGCGUUUGCGUUGCUUUCUAGCGGAUUCUGUUUUCCGGUACCCGAACGUUCAACGUUGUUGCUUGGCGUCGCAGGGUGCCAAUUCCGCCGAGCGGAAGAUGGGUUCAGGGGUAACAGGAUGGAGGAAGCAUGCGAGGGCGAUCGGAGGAGUGGUAGCGUUUACGGGGCUCAUGAGUCUGUUGAAGCUGCACGAAUGGGUUGCGUCGCGCAUUGAGGACCUCGAACAAGUUGAAGCUACAGAGAGGCCAGUCUCAUGGAAUGACUGGUCUCGGAACCUCAUUGUCGACAUCAUAUCUCGCCUUCUUGCGGAAUUGAAAGCUGUGUGUGAUGAGGAUCGUGUUGUUGUAGGUGUGGAAGAAAGGACCUUCCAUGCAAAACCUUGGCACAGUCAUUUUGCUGUGAAAGCCAUUCCAGAUAUUGUGGUUUAUCCCAAAUCUCAGGAGGAAGUUGUGGCAGUCGUUAACGCUUGUGCGAAAUACAAGGUCCCUAUGAUACCAUUUGCAGGCGGGACGUCAAUGGAAGGACAGAGUAUGACUCCUCACAAAGGAGUUAGCAUCAACAUGAAGUUGAUGAAGAGAGUCAAGGAGUUGCAUUUAGAAGAUAUGGAUGUAGUAGUGGAGUCAGGCAUUGGAUGGAUAGAGCUUAAUGAGUUCUUAAAACCACACGGCCUCUUCUUCCCUUUGGACCCAGGUCCUGGAGCUUCAAUCGGAGGAAUGUGCGCAACUCGAUGUUCUGGUUCCUUGGCUGUGCGGUACGGCACAAUGCGAGACAACGUCAUUUCUUUGAAGUGUAUCUUACCAAACGGAGAUGUUGUCAAAACAGCAGCUCGUGCUCGAAAAAGUGCUGCAGGAUAUGACUUGACAAGAUUGCUGAUUGGGAGUGAAGGCACCUUGGGGCUUAUCACAGAGGUCACACUGCGUCUUCAAAAAAUCCCUGAAGCUUCUGUUACAGGUGCUGUGCAGGUAGCCAUGUGCAAUUUUAAGAGUAUUGGAGAUGCCACUGCUGUAGCCAUCGCAACCAUGCACUCGGGGAUUCAGGUCUCACGGGUCGAGUUGCUGGAUGAGAUGAUGAUGAACGCUAUCAAUAUUGCAAACGGCAAAAACUAUCCAACAGAACCAACACUUAUGUUCGAAUUCGUAGGGACAGAAGCCUAUGCCCUCGAGCAAACUUCACGAGUUGAAAAAAUAGUUCAGGCUCACAAUGGAUCAGACUUCGUCUACGCUGACUCAGAGAUGGAAAAAGAGGAGCUCUGGAAGAUCAGAAAGGGAGCAUUCUGGUCCAGUUUUUCUCUCCGUCCGGGUGCAGAGGGUAUGACGACUGAUGUUUGUGUACCCCUCUCAAGACUUGCAGAGUGCAUCUCUACAUCAAAAGAAAGAUUACUCGCAUCUUCUCUACCUCAUGUACUCGUGGCACAUGCAGGAGAUGGAAACUUCCACGUAUGUAUUUUUUUUGAUAAAAAUAACGAAGAGGAAGUGAAAGAGGCCCUGGAAAUAGCCGAUGGAAUCGUGCAUUUAUCCCUCUCCAUGGAAGGGACCUGUACUGGAGAACAUGGAGUUGGGGUUGGGAAAAUGAAGGUAAUCUCUAUGAGGUUUCUCAUAUUGUUUCAGAUAUGUUCCAAGUAUCUCGAGAAGGAGCAUGGAUCAGCAGCUAUGACGAUGAUGGGCAGCAUAAAACGGGCGAUAGAUCCGAGCAAUCUCAUGAACCCUGGUAAACUUAUCCCCGAGAAGUUCUGCUACUAGCGAAACAUGCAAGGCUGUGUUUUUGCAUUGAUUUCCGUGAUCUGAAGUUUCACACUGCAGUCUCUGCUAGCAUGAAAAAGAUGAAAUAAUGUGAGGAAAAUCGAUGGGUAAAGAUGCUUUUAAUACCCGUCUGAUCUCUGUGCAUAUUAUGGUGCUAUAUAUCUUUUCAGUGGAGUUUCACAUGGUGAAGCGUGAAAAACAGCUAAUAUAUUGUAAUAGGACCAUUUCAAUGAUCACUGAGCCUUGUAUAUCUACUUGUAUAUAUUCAUAGGAAUAACGAGUUUACGAAAGGGUCUGCUAACAGAAUAUUUAUUACAUCA